AUUGUAUGACUUUGUUUGAUUGUAAUCUGUAAAGUUAUAUUUAGAAUCGUUUGGGAUUAAUAGCCGUAUUGAUUGGCAAUAGAUCUACGUAAAGACAGACAAGUAUUGCGAAAUAUUCUAGGAUAUAAUCGACCAAGGACGAAAUGAUUCAUAUUUUCCAUCUAUUUCAAAACAAAUCGCUCUUCAGAAUGGAAACAAAUUUCAAUUACGCAUGCGCAGUGGGCCUAAACAAAAUUUCGGGAAGUAAAUUUCACAAAUUAUUUGUUCAUGGCAGCUGUAAACAGUGAUCAGCGAAUGUUUGGGCUCCAAGAAAUAGCGAGUGACCGAAAUUCGCCCACAAGAAUUGUCCGGAUAAAAAUUCAACAGGGAAUCAACUUGGCAAAGAAGGAUAUCUUCGGAGCAAGUGAUCCUUAUGUGAGAGUAGUUCUCUUUAGAGGUGACAGGGACUUAGGACAGCUUGAUGAAACACAAACACGUACAAUCAAAAAAACUUUGAACCCAAGAUGGAGUGAAGAAUUUCUUUUUAGAGUGAAUCCAGCAGAUAACAAAUUAUUAUUUGAAGUGUAUGAUGAAAACAGAGUGACCAGAGAUGACUUCCUAGGCCUAGUAGAAGUACCACUGGUAAACCUCCCUACAGAAUCUCCUUCAAGGUCCAUACCCUUUAAGGACUAUAUACUCAGACCAAGAAGUUCACGGUCACGAGUGAGAGGUCACUUAAGGAUCUACUUAGCAUUUUUACCCCGUCUUAUAGACACAACACAAUCUGAUGAUGUAGAGCUUGAAGAUGUCGAGGAAGAAAAUGAGCCUGGUUGGGAGAUGAUUGACACGGCAUCCACUACAUCCACUGCCCCUGAGGAGGAACUGCCACAGCCUCUACCUCCUGGCUGGGAGGAACGGGUGGACAGUAAUGGGAGAACAUUCUUUGUUAACCACUCCCAACAGACUACACAAUGGGAGCGUCCUACAGAUGACAGUAGCCCAUCCUUGCCCAGUGGAUGGGAGGAGAGGCGAGAUCAAAAUGGACGCACAUAUUAUGUGAAUCACACUACAAGAGUGACACAAUGGGAAAGGCCUACCAUUAUCAACACCAGGGUCACGCCAGAGGAGAACAGGCGUCAGACAGCACAGGCAGUUGGGGACAUGUUCAGACAACGUAGACAUGUCAGUACAGAGGAUACCCUCAGCUUUUCAGGUGCAGAGUUGGAUAGUAUAUUUGAAGGUUUAGGAGUGAAUCAAGGACGUGAAGAACAACCUGUACAGGGUGUAUUUGAUAAUACUUCUACUAGUCAACAGCAACAGCAGAACACAGAUGAAGAAGAACCACUGCCUGCUGGGUAUGCAAUGUCUAUAGCACCCAAUGGAAGACCAUUCUUCAUAGACCACAAUACGCACACAACCACAUGGGAUGACCCGAGAAAAACUCGACCCAGACCCAGGUCUGAGACCAACCUGCAGAUACAAAAUGAACUAGGUAGAACAUCAUCCAACCCUGACCUUCUACGGGAUCUAGGACCCUUACCUCCUGGCUGGGAAGAGAGACAACAUUCAGAUGGCAGAAUAUUCUACAUAAAUCACAAUAUAAGACAAACACAGUGGGAAGAUCCUAGAUUACAAAAGCUUGGAGGUCCAGCGGUGCCAUAUUCAAGAGACUAUAAAAGAAAAUAUGACUAUUUUAGAUCUAAGCUUCGAAAACCAACAAAUGUUCCCAACAAGAUUGAUAUUAAAGUGAAGAGGAAUAGCCUGCUAGAGGAUUCUUAUAGAUGUGUCAUGAGUGUCAAAAAUACAGAUCUUCUAAAAACUAGGUUAUGGAUUGAAUUUGACAAUGAAACAGGUCUUGAUUACGGAGGGCUGGCUAGGGAAUGGUUCUAUCUAUUAUCAAAGGAAAUGUUCAAUCCAUACUAUGGUCUUUUCGAGUAUUCAGCAACGGACAACUAUACCCUACAGAUCAAUCCACUCUCAGGUCUUGCAAAUGAGGAACAUCUGUCAUACUUUAAGUUCAUUGGCAGGGUGGCUGGCAUGGCUGUCUACCAUGGAAAACUAUUAGAUGGUUUUUUCAUCCGACCAUUUUACAAGAUGAUGUUAAACAAACCGAUAACACUUGCUGAUAUGGAGUCAGUGGACUCUGAGUACCAUAAUUCUUUGAUGUGGAUCAUGGAGAAUGACCCUGAGGUGUUGGACUUAACCUUCAGUGUUGAUGAGGAAGUCUUUGGAGAGACAGUAACAAGAGACUUAAAGCCUGGUGGAGAGGAAAUUGCAGUAACAGAAGAAAACAAGAAAGAAUACAUAGAUUUGGUGAUAAAAUGGCGGUUUGUCAGUCGAGUAGAAAAACAAAUGCAAGCGUUCAGGGAUGGUAUAAAUGAUUUAAUACCACAGAACUUUUUGACAAUAUUUGAUGCAAAUGAGCUGGAGCUCCUGUUAUGUGGACUACAGGAUGUUGAUGUGAAUGACUGGAAACAUCAUACAGCGUAUAGGGGAGAAUAUGGGCCCAACCAUCCUGUCAUUAUCAACUUCUGGAAGGCUGUGUAUUCAUUUAACAAUGAGAUGAGGUCGAGACUGUUGCAAUUUGUGACUGGGACAUCAAGGGUGCCAAUGAAUGGCUUUGCAGAACUCUAUGGCUCCAAUGGACCCCAACUUUUCACCAUUGAAAAGUGGGGAAUACCAAAACAGUUCCCACGAGCACAUACAUGUUUUAAUCGUAUAGACCUUCCACCGUAUGAAUCAUAUGACAUUUUACGAAACAAACUUAUCCAAGCAGUUGAGAAUGCAGAAGGAUUUGAAGGAGUUGAUUAGAUAAAUAAAGUUAAUACAUGACAUGGAUGCAAAGUUAAAUCAAAGGAGAUGUAACUCUGUACAUAUACAAGGAAAAGUGUAACAAAGAUGGAUGUAUGAUACACCAAAUCAUAAGCAGCUGUAAAGACUGACUGGUCAAGUACUGCACGAAGAAAUUGUUUUAAUGAAAGGCAUAUUUUUCCAUCCAAUAACACGUGUAUCUAGGACAUUAUGCAUUUACUAUACUAACAUUAUUUUUCUGCACACGAGAAAUGCCCUCCCCACUUAUGCAUUUGUGCAAAUAUAUUGGAAAUCUGUGUGUAACAUCUGGUCAUUAUUGGACUGAGGGGUCUUCCUCAGGUUUUCACGGAUACUAGCCAGACCUGUUGAUACCAUGAGUAUGGCUGGCAGUGUCAUUUCUAAGGCAUAGAGCUAUAUGUGUUAGCCAGCUCAGCAUUAUGUCCAGCUCUUUGUGAAUCCUAAAAUGCCCAGUCCGGUUAGAAGUGUGGUUUUGCAUAAAAUUUCACAUGUUAUCCAUUUCAUCAGCUACCAGAUCACCUAACUAGUCCUGUUAUUGAAAGAAUAAAUUAUUUCAGCACUUUUAGUGAACAAAUCAACCGAUUUCUAUAAAAAAUUAUGUACUUUAGAAUUUAGUGUAAAACAGUAGAUGGUGCCUUGUAGAUGGUGCCUGCUGUAUGUUUGAACAUUUACCAAAUCAAAAAUGUGAAAUGUAGUUCUCUAAUAGGGGAGUGAGCAGGAACCUUUGUGCCUCAGAGCCAGUAUGUUUGACUGAUAUAUCCCACAAUACAAGACUAUACAAUGCUUUAGGGAUGAUGUACUAAUGCAUCACUCAAUUUCUUAUGAAUCAGACAAUGGAUUAUUCAAUAGAUUUUAGAAAUUUAUGAACUUUUAUAAUCAUAUUAACUUAUUCUACCUACACUGUAUAUUACUGAAGAAAAACUUUAAAUUGUAAAAACUGUAACCUAGAUGAUGAAUUACCUACCGAGCAACUGGUAGAUAUGUUGUAUCAGAUUACCAGUGAUUGAACCACCAUUUACCAUUGCAGAACUGAGAACUACCAUAAAACACAUACAAUUGUAUAUAAACUAUUGUAAAUAUAUUGCAAGUAUUGAUAAUAACUUGGUCAACUAAAUAUGUUUAAUCCAAAGUAAUAUCAUUAAUAAAAGUGUCAGGAUCUAGACAUUAGAGUACUAAUUUUUAUUCCAUACUUAGUAGUGUUAUAGGUAAUAACAUGCGGGAAUAUAAUUUGAUAUGUGAUGUGAGCAGGUGAUAUA